UCCAGCACUGACCGCUGGCCGAAGUUUUAGUCCAACCUUAUUGGUCAUAACACCCGCAAUAAAAAAAAGUGUAUGCUUUGUGUCAAGAAUAUACAGUUUUUAAGAACACAUUGGCCUCUAGAUCUAAUAGGCUAAACACAGGAAAGUUGUAUUCGCCUUUUCUGAACAACGGAUACUGGUCUAUUGUGUUUUUCUUGUCUUAAUGAGGCAACACAAUUUAUUUCUGUGAGGCUUAUUUAAAAGUUGAAGCACGGAUUUUUCGAGCCUAACCAAGUCAAGCCAAAAUAAAAACAUCAAGAAAUUUAAAAAGUGAAAUUAAAAGUGCGGCAUGUUUUUUAAGUGAGUUUUGGAGCACCCAAAGCACCGUGAACACACAACACGGAUUUGAUACCUAGCUCUGACCAGGUUUUAUUUGUCAGAAUCUACCACCCUCAAAAGUGGACACUGCCAACUGGAAAGAUUAUGGGCAGACAGAGCAAGUCAAGGAUGAUUAUGUAUCAAAGAUGGAUCAAUGGGAAAGUCCAUCAAACACACAUGUAAGCCCAGAGUUUCAGUUCAAGGCCAGCUUGUCAAGAGUAUCCAGUCAAGGCGUGUCCAGUCCAUUGAGCUCAGAUUCACGCACUGCAAAACUUCCUGUGAUGGAAACUUUGGCAGAGCCAUCCUUGGCAGCAAACCACUGUCACUUUAACUCCAACAGCUACUAUCCAAAGGCAGAUCCUUCCCAAUACUACUUGAAGGGUAAUUCUAGCCUAUCACCUCAACCAUACAGUUACCCAGGAUACAAAGGAGGCAGUGAUGGUGAAGCUAGGCCUGGUGUUCAGACCGGGGGAAUCCCAUCACUUCAGUAUAGAUACGCUAAUGAGACAGAUGAUGUUGGCCCAAAGCUACAUAGUAAUCAGUUUUCUCCUUAUUAUCAAAAGCCUUUCCAUCCUAUGUCUCCCUCUUUUAUGCCUCAAUACAAGGGAAACUAUCCAAACAAGGGAAAUUAUCCAAAAGAAUCUUCAGUUGAGGUAAAUCUUACAGAAAAUGUUAAGCAGCAAACAAAUGAUAAUGACAGUAGCCAUAAAGAUACUAGUGAUUCUUUACAUUCUGGUCAUGGUAACAUCAGAGAACAAAGUAGUCCAUACUCUAGAGCCAGAGAUGUGCCAUUUACAGAUAGACCACAUAAAUAUAUGCCAACAAAGCAAAUGCUCAAACCCCAUCAGAAUGCAGAAGAUGUUUAUCAAGAUCCAUACAUAAAUUGGAGAAGCCACAAUGUCAAUGCUGGAGAUUCAUACAAUUUUCAGAAAGAUAAAAUGUUUUAUUCCUCAGAGCACCAAAAAGAUAUGGCUACCAUUAAGACAGAAGAGAACAUGAUGCAAGGUAGAUUCAAAACCAGAGGGUCGUUGUCUGAGCCAAACCAAAUAGUCAAUUCACAAUCUCCAAUAGAUAAUGCUCUUGUGAAGCAAGACAAAGGCAACAGUGAUAGUCUGGAACACAAAGUUGAUGAAGGCUACAGUGUCUCAAGCUUUGACUCAAGAAAUCAGGAAAUGUUAUCAAAAGUGAAAGAAAAUUCAAUGCAUCCAGCCUUUAACCAAGAUCCUAAUCAAGAAACUCUGGCUAAAAAUGACAUCUACAGAUCUACACUGUUUUUCCGGAAUAACUCUUUGGGUCAAGAUGCUGAAGGUAGAGAAAGAAUGUCACAGAUAGCGUAUGGCAGGGAUGGCAAAUCACAUCAGUGGAAUGAACCUUCAUCACUUUAUUCCUCUCAAGAAUUUCUAAAUGGUUUGCAUUCGCCUAACAAAUUUAGGCCCAACUACCCUUACAGCUCCACUCCAGGAAAAAAUGUUUUUCCUGAUGGAGAAGAGGCAAAAGGCAGACCUGAAUGGAAGAAUAUGUCCUCUCAGAUGCUGAACACUCUUCAGAAAGACCAUUCUGAUACAAUAGAAGGCAAAGUGGUCUUUGGAGACUCUUUGCCUCUAAAAACUUCUGUCAGUACCUUGCCAUUAGAUUGCAAAGAUCGCAGUCCUAGUCCUAUCAAAUCAGUAUUCACACCUAACCUUAAAAAAGCGUAUGAUUCUAUGGUCUCACCUUUAAGUGGCAAUAGUAAUACAUUUUGCAGAAAAUUUCCUUCUGAGCAGGAAAGUCUUGAUGAUCCUAAAAAACAAGCUUCUCAAAAUGAUGACAGUAUGAUGUCUAAGAAAGAGGUUCAGUCUGAUGAUGGUUGUGAUGACAGUCCCUACCCAGGCAUGAGGCCUGAGCCAUCUCUGUCACCCCCAUCACCCGACUCUUCCAUGACCUACCCACCCCAGUUUCCUCAUCCAUAUUUUGCCUCACCCAUCAGAGGCUCAUCCUCUGUUCAAAGAUUGCAGUUUGGUUCUCCUCGAGGACAGCAUGAACCAGGACAGAUGUCUGGGCCAAGCUUCCCUUUUGACAAAGAUUUCACUGGGAGAUUCCAGCUUCCAGGACUGGGUCAAGAGAUGUUGAUGGGGGGCUCUUACAUGGGGCCCCUUCCUCCAAAUAUUGUCCAGGGUGUAGGAGAUGACAAGGAUAUUUUCUUUUGCCAUCUUUGCAGUUACUCAGGAAAAUCUAAACUUGAAUUUGAUUCUCAUAUGAACAUCCACUUUGAAUUCAACUGCCCACAUUGUGACUAUACGUCCAGGACAGAGGGAAGACUAAAACGACACAUUAAGGACUUUCAUUCAGAUGACAGCUCAAGAAGAGCCCUCCCUGGUCGUCCCAAGAUUUAUAAAUGUAAACAGUGUCCAUUUUCAACCAGAGAAAAAGAUAAAUUUUGGGAGCAUGCUCGUACCCACAUCAAAGAAGACAAACUUCUGCAGUGUCCUAAAUGUUCAUUUGUCACAGAGUACAAGCAUCAUCUGGAGUACCACCUUCGUAACCACUUCAACUCCAAGCCAUAUAAAUGCAACAAGUGUAAUUACUCCUGUGUCAACAAGUCCAUGCUGAACUCUCAUAUGAAGUCCCACACUAAUGUUUACCAGUACCGCUGCUCCAAUUGCACCUAUGCCACAAAGUACUGCCACAGUCUCAAGCUUCACCUCAGGAAGUACAACCACAAGCCUGCCACAGUCCUGAACCAGGAUGGCAGCAUCCCACAGGGACUGGAUGUCGAAUCAAGUGGCAUAUCUGUGGUGGCAAAGAGAGGCCCACCAAGAGGGCCACGUGGUCCAAGGAAGGAUAAACAGGAUCCUUAUGUUAGUCAGAUGUUUGGUUUGCCACAGGGACCCAUGGGCAUGAGUCCGAUGAUGAAUGGAAUGAUACCUUUUUGGCCUAUGUUGCCGCAUGUUGCCAACCAUUUAUCUCCACAUGCAGGUAUGCUACCAAGCAUGGGAGACUUUGCUCAUCAGAUGAAAAUGCGAGCUAAAAGUGACAGUCUAAGAAGAACAACUGAUGGUGACAAGAUGGAUGCAACAGACAGUGAUGAAGAGAGUGGUCAGCUAAGAGAUGACGAAUAUGCUUGUCGCUUGUGUGAUUUUGUUGGAGAGAACACAGAAGCCCUCUGCAUACAUUUUGUAGAUGUUCACAAAGAUGAGGCAAAGGAAGUAGCCAGGGCAUGUGGAGUCAGUGAGGAAAAUCUGGCUGCAUCGCUAAGUCGACUAAUUCCUGAAUUAAUGGCUGGAGGAAGAAGGCUGUCUGAGCCUUUAACUGAAUCUGACAGUGAACCAAGUGAUUAUAUUCCUGUGCAGUCCACCACAGACAUGACCCCAAGAAGUCCAGAACCAACAGAAUCAAAGACAUCAGAAUGUAAAACUUCCCAAUCAACAUGGUCAGCAUCACAAACAGAACAGGCUGUAAACUAUAGCCCUAUGCGCUCAAGCAGCAAUGAAGAAAGAAAUGAUGUCAGAGAAAUAGACAUUCUUCAGCAAAUGACCCUUAAGUUUGGUGAUGGAAACAUGUUUUCACAGAGGCAAACCUUUCCUCCUGAAGAGCAGCGUCAGCAAAAAGAAACACCCCUGGAUCUUACUAAACCCAAAUCUGUUUCUCCAGAGGUGACAUCAAGUCCACCAUCUCCACAAAGAACUGAUUCUCUUCAAACACCAGAAAGGUUUUCACAAAAUGAUUACCCUAUUAGGAAAAGAAUGUUAAGAGAAACCUUUGAGGAAACUCAAGCCAAAGAAUUGUCUCCUCUUAUUCCAAGAAAAAGAUCCCGUAAAGGAAAAGCAUACAAGCUGGAUACACUCUGUAUGAAGUUGCAGGAGAGACAAGUCAACACAGCAGACUCUGAUGGAAGCCAAUCAGACAUGGACACAAUGGUUGAUGAUGUUCAGCCUCCUACUGCCUUUGCAGAGGAGAAGAUAGAUAACCAAGAGCAAGAAUCAAACAGUAAAAAUGAUCAAAUUAAGGAAGCAAAUGCAUCAAGCUUCAAAGCCCAAGAAAGUUGCCCUGCCAUAAACUACACCCAGAGUGAAGAUGAAGACACAGAUGAGUAUGAGGUGAAUGAAGAGGAGGGGCAAUGUGAGAAGCGGAAAAUCUCACCUAACAAUGAAAGGAAGUUGACAGUUUCUGAAAAUGAUUUUGAUUGUAAAAAGUUUGAAACAAAUUCUUCCACUGAAGUGGACUCAGAAUUUGAAAAACUCCAAAGAAGUUUAGCUAUCCUCAACAACGGUAUUGACCCAGAUAAUGAUUGUAAAAGUCUUUUGUUUGACCGAACUGCAACGUCCUGUGAUGAAACCACAAUGAAAAACCAUUCAACUGAGAGAUGUAACACAUCAUUGACAAAUGAGUCCAGUGCAGUAGAUUCGGUAAAUAAAUCACAUGAUUCAAUGCCAACUUUUGAAGGCGAUGAAACAAGCUCAAUUAGAGAAAAGAAUAUUCAAGAUGAAAACAAAAGCUUUGAAAAUAGUUCUUCAGUAUCAGAGGUCAAUUUAAUUCCUAGUUCAGACAAAGAUGUGAGAGAAAUAUGCAAAAGUUCUGAUGAUUCUCUUCCAAUUCAUUUUGCUUCAAAGUCUGCUCCUGGUGCUCCAACAAAUGACGCAGCCCUGUGUUAUGAUGAAAUAGUAUUUUCGACACCUAAAAUGUUAUAUAUGAAUGUUGAUGCUGGUACCGACAAAAAUAAUGAGCCCCUUAAAGCUAAGCCAGAGGAACAGAAAGGUGUUGAAGGCAAUGAAUCUAUCCCUGGGACUGCUGAAACAGAGGCUGUAGACCCAGUGGAAAUGAUAAACACUGUUAUAGAAAACAGGAAAAAGCCAGUGCCACCUGCAGUUAGACGAGGUACAGAAGUAGCAUGGAAGCUUCUUCAUGAUCCGGUAAAUCCAGUCACAUCUCUUCCUUUGCCCAUUGAUUCUCCACCUUUGCCACAAAAUCAGGUGGUAGCACCUACAGUGACAAGUACUCCUGCUGUGGUUCCCAGCAGCUCUGCUUUAGUUAGAAGUCACAUGACCAUGAAGCCCCCCAUGCAUUUCUCCCCACGUUUGUAUUCAAACCAGCGGCCUGCCAUUCAUCCCUUGAAUACACAUAUUCACAUGCCACUUCCACCAACUCCAAUGGCAUUUAUUCCACCUACAAGCCAUAUGAUGCCUGCGCCACCACCCAUGAAGAUGGCCAAGCCAGAGGAGUACUCCUGCACAUUCUGUGGACUCUCAUUCCAGGACUGUGUAAUGUACACUGUCCACAUGGGUUACCAUAGCAACAAAAAUCCAUUUAAAUGCAACAGCUGUGGUAUAGUCUGCAGGGACAAGGUAGAUUUCUUUCUCCACAUUGCAAGGUCUCCUCAUGCCUAGCUUUGAAAUUUGACAUAGAUAACUUCUUUACAAGCACAGUUGUAAAGAAUACUGGAGCAGUAAAACAUUUACUUUGAAGAACUUUUGACAUUGUAAUCCUUGCAGUUCCAGCUAAUUUAUUCACACGUAUUUUACCCUCUCUUGUUAAGUAUAAUACUACGUUGUAUCAGCCAAACCUUUGCAAAAGCUUUUUAUUCCUAGUAACUCAUAAAAAAAAAUUAAUUUAUAAUUUUUUUAUAUGGUUGUGCACAUUUGGUAAUUUUAAAUUUAUUUACACAAUCCUGUAACAUGCAGAAAUACAUAAAAGGCUACAAACGAGACAGAUACAUAUUUUUCUAUUAAAUUGAAUAGCCAAUGUACGAGUAUAUUUAGUCUAAAACAUUGAGAGAGUAUUAGUUCUUUGAAUGUGAUGCAGAUUCAUAAAUGAAAACACAGUAAACAAAAGUAAUACAAACACUCAGGUCUAAAACUAUCAAUAUCUGGUAAUAUUGUAUAAAAUACAUAACAAGGCAAUUGUUUCAUUAUUACUUGAUGUAAUAAGGUCUUUUUUGAAACAGAACUAUG